AUGAGUCGACUUUCAGCUCUUGUCUGGUACUGGUCGCUAGUGAUUUUACCGUUUUCAACUGUGAUCACAUUCAUCAUAACAUUGAUAGUAUGUGGACAAGUACUAAAGAAUAGUGGAUCUGAAUUCGUAUUGCCAUACAUUUCGCAAUUAGGAAUCGGUCCUGCUUAUCCUUAUUUUGUAGCUGGUUUUGUUUUAUUAUGUUUACAAAUGUUAUUCAUUAUUUUCGGUCGAUUACAAUAUCUUUUUCAAUCGCAGUCCGUUGUCAGUUACGUUAGUCUAUGCUUUAUCCAUGCUGUAGCUGUCAUCUCUGGCAUAUUGCUACUUAUUAUGUCUGUCAUCAGUUUAGAACAUAACGCUUAUCUACAUAUCAUCGCUGCUUUUGGAAUGUUUAUAUGUAUAUCUCUGUAUUGUUUACUGAACAGUAUUCUUUCUUUCUAUCUCUAUUCUCGACGCUCUGUUGCUCCACUACACGCCAGUAUUCUUUGGCCGCUGUGGUAUCUUCUUUGCGGUGUAUUGCUCAGCAUUUUUGCUGCUAUGUGGAUGUCAGGAGGUGGCGUUGUUCCACAGUAUAUCGCUGCUGGUAUGCCUUUUCUAUAUAAUCUUGGCUUCGUGCCUCAGUUCUUAACGCAAGCAAGAAGUAAACAACAAAAUACUUUGUCGUUUACUCCAGUUCAUCGAACGAAUGAUAUGGAUUUAUAG